AUGGUUACAGAAAACUUUUUGCCAGCCAGAUGGUACCUGAGUAAAGCAACAACACUGGAAAGAGCACAUGGACCUUCGUGGUUGGCAUACGGACAUACUUUUGGUGUGAAUAAGGACCACGAUCAAGCUAUGGCAGCCUACUUCACAGCUUCACAAAUCAUGAGGGGGUGCCACCUACCACAGCUGUACAUUGGUCUGGAGUAUGGACUCACCAACAAUCCUAAACUUGCUGAACGUUUCUUUAGCCAGGCCCUCAGUAUAGCUCCAGAGGACCCUUUUGUUCUGCAUGAGAUGGGGGUCAUUGCAUUUGGAAACUUGGAUUACCUGGAGGCAGAGAGAUGUUUUCUGAAAGCUUUGAGCUGCAUCCAGGUUGUUGGUGAUGAAAUGCCUCCUGAGAGGUGGGAGCCUUUGUUGAAUAAUCUAGGUCACACUAGUCGCAAACUGGGAAAAUAUGAAGCUGCUCUUGAGUACCACAAACAAGCAGAGAUCCUUUGUCCCAAAACUGCUUCAACAUAUUCAGCUAUAGGAUUUGUCUACUCUUUGAUGGGUAAUAAUUCAGAGGCCUUGAAUUACUUCCAUAAGGCACUGGGUUUGAGGAAAGAUGACAUGUUUUCCACAAAGAUGCUAACUAGUUCAUUGGAUGCCCUGAUGCUGGAAAUGUCAGCUUGUGAUGGUGCCGAGGAAGAACCAGACUUUCUGUCAGUGUCUAAAGAUCAAGCUCAGACAUUCAAAUUAACAGAUCUAUUUAGUGGCUUGCCACAAAACAGGGAGAGCAUGGACGACAGUAAAAAUGGGUUCAACUCCACGGACAAUAACAACCCAUUUAUGGAAAGCAGCUUAUCUAUAGAAGAAGUAGAUAUGGAUGACUGUUCAUUGUGA